GCCUCCUACGCAGACGCCCAAACAUCCACCACCAGUGCCGCCGCCGCCCUUGAGGAGGCGGAAAAUCAUCAUUCUGAGCAGCAGCAACCACAUGACGCCUCCUCCACCUCCCCGAAGAAUGUCGCUGAGGAUAGCGACCAAGGUGGUUGGACCACAAUUCAAAUGGGCGACCCCUCUGAAUCCGCAUCCAGCGACACCUUGUCGCAUCACCAACCCUCCGAAGUUCCUGCUGCUUCCUGAAUUCCCCCUCCCAUCCUAG